GUGUCGUCCAGUGAGUCAUACAUUUUGCAUACUUCAAGAUCCAAAGAAUAGAAAAUUGAAAAAAAUCGCUGGAGGUCUACUCAGAACCCUUAAUAAUGUCAAGCAAGCAUCUACAGACUGGGGAUCCAAAACCUGAAUUCGAUAAGACGAAGAAAUUUCGAAUUUAUAGUAUGAGAUAUUGCCCUUUUGCACAGAGAGCAAGAAUAGUAGCGGCAGCCAAGGGACUUGAAAAUUAUGAUAUCGUGAAUAUCAAAUUACGUGAUGAUCUCCCGGAGUGGUAUCUUGCAAUCAAUCCAGCUCGUUCGGUGCCCUCCGUUGAAUUUCCUGAUGGUCGCACUGUUAAUGAAUCUCUUGUUGUUGCAGAUUUGCUUGACGAACUUUAUCCCGAGAAACAAUUACAACCAAAGGAUCCCAUUGAGAAAGCCAAACAAAGAGUUUUUGUCGAAAAAUACGGGAAAACGUUCAUUCCACCAUAUUACAAGCAUUUGAGAGAACGUACCGAGGAAACCAAAGCAGAUUUGGCAAAGAGUAUUUGCGAGGUUGAAAAAUAUUUAGCUGAUAAGAAAGAAAAGUAUUUUGGAGGUAAUCAGGCAGGAAUGCUGGAUUUCAUGGUAUGGCCUUGGUUCGAACGCCUUCCUACUAUAUAUAGUCUAUCUGCUGACGCCUAUCCAUGUCUGGCAAACUGGUUUAACCUGAUGCAAAAUGAGCCUGGAAUUAAAGAAACCGCAUUUUCAAAAGAGAAACACUUGAAAUUUUACGAGGGAUAUCUCACUGGUAAACUUGAGUAUGAGUUAGAGUAAUUGACGUUGCUUUCUUUCUAAUUAUGUAUUUUCAAACAUGAGCGUACUCGCUCUCUCCGUAAAGUUUAAUAUUGGGAGCCAGUUAUGCCUGGUGAAUCUUGUAUGUAGUUGAUAGAAAUAAAAUUGAUGGUUGCAGGCUAUAUAAACAGACUCUUCAAUUACUCCAAUUUCAUCCAAUCAAUGCUCAUAUAUAGUGUUUUAUAUAAGUUUUUUAGAGCUGGGUUUAGUAUUUUUCAUUUUCCUGUUUUGAAAAGUUUCAAUCCAAAGGAAUAAUGAACUCUCUUCUAACUUAGGCCAUGUGCACACGAGCGUCGAU